AUUUAGAUCUAAAAUCCUCGAAUAACACCUACUGCAGAGUAACAAUAAUUGCCAAAUUUUUAAAAACCGCCGCUUUAAACUCGUCCAAAUAAAUAAUCAUUAAAAUACAACCAAAUUAAAAGUCAACCGUCGAAUUUCUACAACUAAAAGCCAUUUUCUAAACAAAAUAAAAAGCUUUCCCCGCAUUUAAGUGAGUCUGAAUAAAGUGUGCAUGUCUGUGCGGCGUCUGAGACCAAACACACCUGUUGCCGCAAUGCUUUGACCGCAUUUCCCCGGUUGGCAUUUGGCAAGCACAAUUUUCCGAGGAAAGCGCCCUUUAAAACAGCAUUUUAAACGACUGUGCAAAUCAAUAUUGUGCGUCCGAAUGAAACUUCAAAUAUGAAUACAGGAGACCGUAAGGAGCAAGCCUCGUUAACACCGCAACAGCAACAAUCGCCGCAGCAGCCAGAGCCACAGCAACCAAUUACCCGACACGAUGCCUUGGAUAGUUCUAGUGCUAACAAUAAACUGAAUAAUAAACACAAUAACGAUAAGGAUAAGGAUAAGGAUACAACAGCUAGCGAUAAGAAUUGGGAGGCGGGCAGAGAUUUAUUUCCGGCCAGUGUUGUCAUCGUCGAUGAAUCAUGCCCCUCGAAAAGCCAGUUAGAGUCGAGUGUGGUCCCGCAAAGUGGUGCCACCUCCUCAUCGCAACGCCGCCGGCAAUUGCAAUUCCAGAGACAAAAGGAGGCCAAACUUUAUGACCGCGGAGACGGGGAGCCAUCGACCUCGACCUCUGCCUCAGCCUCAGCAUCUGCCUCAACCUCCACCUCGGCCACAACCACUGUGAUGGGUGGCGGGGAGCUGGUGAACUGUAUUGCCUACGAUGACAACACCCUGGUCAUCGAGCGGAAGCCCUCGCCCACCUCCCCGUCCACCUCCCGGCGUUAUCUGAAGGCCGAAACUCCGACGCGUGGCAGUCGAAAGUAUAAUCGCAAGUCAUCAUCAUCGGCUUUGGCAUCGGCAUCGGCCAAAAGUGAUUUGGAAGUGGUCGUUGUCAAACCGGAACACCAUCGAUCGCCAACGAUAACACUGCCGGUGCCGGCGAAUCCACUGACCACUUCCGCAUCGGCGGGCACUUCGCCCACGGGAGCGGGAUUGGGAUCAGGACUGGGAACUGCCACGGGAACGGUCCUGCAACAAAGGUACAUACAACUCCAGCUGGAGCACGAAAAGAAAUACAUUUUCCAUGCAAUGCAAGAGUUUGAUUACAUGGAACAAACUCAAACUAGGCGUUCUAGGGCAUAUUGCAGUGCCCUUGAGCCGUUGGAGGAUCUAAAUCAGUCCAGUGGAACCAGUGGCACCAGUGGAACCAGGAGGCGACCCACCAGCACCGAACUCGCGCUCAGCAACGUCACCAGUCAGAUUGUGAACAACACCACCUACAAGUUAGACUUUAAGCAGCGGCGUCACAAAAGCAACAACGGUGGUGCUGAAUCAGCGGCUGGAUCGGGAUCCUUGACAGGAUUAGCCACUGGAUCGGCGACAAGUCCUGGAGCGGCAGCGGCAAGCGGCUCUUCGAGCAGCAGUAAACGUCGCAAAUCCAGUUGCACAUCCUGCGGCGGUGGUGGUAUCAGUGCCCCGCCCCCACGUUUAACGCCCGAGGAGGCGUGGCAACUGCAGCCGCAGAAUAGUGUAACCAGUGCUGGGAGCACGAAUAGUAGUUUUAGCAGCGGCGGCGGACGCGACGACGAUAGUAGUUAUAGUGCUGUCGGCGGCGACAGCAGCAGCAGUAAUAGUUGCAACUGCGAUAUUACCGGCGAUAAUAGUACACUGCAUGGCUUUGGCGUCGGAGACGUGAGUAGUUUCAUCGGUGACUGUGACGACGAUAACGAGGACGACGAACACAACGAUCUCGACAAUCCCGAUCUCAGUUCGCAAACCCUUCGCACAGCCGCCAUUGUAGCCGCCGUUGCUGCGGCUGCAAAGGAACAGGCCCAGGAGCAAUCGCUAGCCGACUGCGAGAGCUUCAGCGAUCGGCACCAGGAUGCCGAUGAGGGUGUCCGAAUUAUCCAGGACAGCGGAGGCACCAACAACAACGACUCACUCGAGGACGUCGGCGAGGUGGACGACAACGCCGACGUUGUGGUGAGAAAGAACUCGCGGAAUCGCCCCUCCAUCAGUCGGACAUGCAGGAUCACCGAGGAGGACGACGACGACGAGGAUAUCGCUAUCGGUGAUCAGGGAGAUCAGGAGCUAGACGACGAGGAGCCCGAGGGCACCACCAUAGACAUUGAUGAGCAGGAGCAGCAGCAGCAGCAGCAGCAUCAGGACCAAGACGAAUCCGCUGAGGACGAGGACGAAGACGAGGAAGACGACGACGAGGACGUCGACGAGUAUUUCGAGGAGGAGGAGGACGACACCCAGGCCUUCUCGCCAUUCUACUCCAGCUCAGCAGAGCUGAUAGACAAUUUCGGUGGCGGUGCUGGCAAGUUCUUCAACAUUAUGGACUUUGAGCGCGGAGCCUCCGGCGGCGGCGGCUUUUCCCCGAACGGCAAUGGCGGUCCUGGGAGCGGCGACAACUCCCGAGCGGCCAGAUACGAUUCCGGGGAGGGGGAUUUGGGUGGCGGCAACAACAUUAUGGGCAUCGAUUCUAUGGGCAUUGCAAACAUUCCGGAAACAAUGAACGGCACCACAAUUGGACCAAGUGGAGUUGGUGGCCAGAAAGCUGGUGCUGCUGCAAGUGCAGCCGGCCAAAAGAGGCAGCAGCGAAGGGGCAAACCGCAGCCAGAUCGACCGCAAAGAGCCCUAUUUUGCCUCAGCGUCAAGAAUCCUUUGCGAGCACUCUGCAUUCGCAUUGUGGAGUGGAAACCAUUUGAGUUCCUUAUUUUGUUAACCAUAUUUGCCAAUUGUAUUGCCUUGGCUGUUUACACGCCUUAUCCGGGCAGCGAUUCGAACGUAACGAAUCAAACUUUGGAAAAAGUUGAAUAUAUAUUCCUAGUAAUAUUCACAGCGGAAUGUGUUAUGAAAAUUUUAGCAUAUGGUUUUGUGUUACAUAAUGGUGCAUAUCUAAGAAAUGGAUGGAAUUUAUUAGAUUUUACAAUUGUAGUUAUAGGAGCGAUAAGUACAGCACUCUCCCAUUUGAUGAAGGACGCCUUCGAUGUGAAGGCCCUACGUGCCUUUCGUGUACUACGUCCACUGCGACUUGUAUCGGGUGUUCCAAGUCUCCAGGUUGUGCUGAAUUCAAUUUUAAAGGCCAUGGUGCCACUGUUUCACAUUGCACUCCUGGUCAUAUUCGUGAUCAUAAUCUACGCGAUCAUUGGCCUCGAGCUCUUCUCGGGCAAAUUGCACAAGGCGUGUCGCGAUGAGAUCACAGGUGAAUACGAGGAAAACAUCCGGCCUUGCGGAGUGGGCUAUCAGUGUCCAGCAGGCAUGAAGUGCUAUGGCGGCUGGGAUGGACCAAACGACGGCAUCACCAACUUCGACAACUUUGGCCUGGCCAUGUUGACGGUGUUCCAGUGCGUCACCCUCGAGGGCUGGACUGAUGUCCUAUACAGCAUCCAAGAUGCUAUGGGCAGCGACUGGCAGUGGAUGUACUUCAUUUCCAUGGUCAUUCUGGGCGCCUUCUUCGUGAUGAAUCUGAUUCUCGGUGUGUUGUCCGGUGAGUUCUCCAAGGAGCGUAACAAGGCCAAGAAUCGCGGUGACUUCCAGAAGCUGCGCGAAAAGCAGCAGAUCGAAGAGGACCUGCGCGGCUAUCUCGACUGGAUCACCCAAGCCGAGGACAUCGAGCCCGAUGCCGUGGGUGGUCUGAUAUCCGAUGGCAAGGGCAAACAGCCCAAUGAAAUGGACUCCACCGAGAACCUGGGCGAGGAAAUGCCCGAGGUUCAGUUGACUGAGUCGCGUUGGCGCAAAAUGAAAAAGGACUUUGAUCGGGUGAAUCGCCGAAUGCGACGAGCCUGUCGCAAGGCUGUUAAGUCCCAGGCAUUCUACUGGCUCAUCAUCGUUCUGGUGUUCCUCAAUACGGGCGUCCUGGCCACGGAGCAUUAUGGCCAACUUGAUUGGUUGGACAACUUCCAGGAGUACACCAACAUGUUCUUCAUCGGACUUUUCACCUGCGAAAUGUUAUUGAAGAUGUACAGUCUGGGCUUUCAGGGCUACUUCGUUUCGCUGUUCAAUCGCUUUGAUUGUUUCGUGGUGAUUGGCAGUAUAACAGAGACCUUGUUGACCAAUACGGGAAUGAUGCCUCCUUUGGGUGUUUCUGUGUUGCGAUGUGUCCGACUCCUAAGAGUUUUUAAAGUAACCAAGUACUGGCGAUCUCUAUCAAAUCUCGUUGCUUCCCUAUUGAACUCUAUACAAUCGAUUGCUUCGCUUUUGUUACUGCUCUUCCUGUUUAUUGUGAUAUUUGCUCUGCUGGGUAUGCAAGUCUUUGGCGGUAAAUUUAAUUUCGAUGGCAAAGAGGAGAAGUAUCGAAUGAAUUUCGACUGCUUCUGGCAAGCUCUGCUUACAGUCUUUCAAAUCAUGACUGGUGAAGAUUGGAAUGCUGUUAUGUAUGUGGGCAUCAAUGCCUAUGGCGGUGUGUCCUCCUAUGGUGCCUUGGCCUGUAUUUACUUUAUCAUUUUGUUUAUAUGCGGCAAUUACAUAUUGCUAAAUGUGUUCUUGGCCAUCGCUGUGGAUAAUUUGGCCGAUGCCGACUCGUUGUCCGAGGUGGAAAAGGAAGAGGAGCCACAUGAUGAAUCAGCUCAGAAAAAGUCUCACAGUCCCACUCCAACAAUUGAUGGCAUGGAUGAUCAUCUUAGCAUAGAUAUUGAUAUGGAGCCGCAUGAACUGGAUGACGAAGAUAAAAUGGACCAUGAAACCCUGUCCGAUGAGGAAGUCCGUGAAAUGUGCGAGGAGGAGGAAGAAGACUCCAAUUCCGAAGUAUCAGCACGUGUCACUGCACGACCCCGACGACUAUCUGAGGUCAGCAUGAAGAAGACUAAAAAGCCCAUCCCGCGAGGCAGUGCCUUUUUCAUUUUCAGUUACACGAACAGAUUCCGUGUCUUCUGCCAUUGGCUUUGCAAUCACAGCAAUUUCGGCAACAUAAUCCUGUGUUGUAUUAUGUUUUCAUCGGCCAUGUUGGCAGCAGAAAAUCCUCUGAGAGCCAACGACGAGCUGAAUAAAGUGCUCAAUAAAUUUGAUUACUUUUUCACGGCAGUUUUCACAAUAGAACUGAUUCUGAAAUUGAUUUCAUACGGUUUCGUAUUACACGACGGAGCCUUUUGCAGAUCCGCAUUUAAUCUAUUAGAUUUACUUGUGGUCUGUGUGUCAUUGAUAUCUCUUGUGUCCAGUUCGAAUGCGAUUUCAGUCGUGAAAAUUCUACGUGUGCUCCGUGUUUUAAGGCCACUCAGAGCCAUUAAUCGUGCCAAGGGUCUCAAGCAUGUUGUUCAGUGUGUCAUAGUCGCUGUUAAGACUAUCGGAAAUAUUGUGCUCGUCACAUGCCUACUGCAGUUCAUGUUUGCCGUUAUAGGAGUCCAAUUGUUUAAGGGUAAAUUUUUCAAGUGCACGGACGGUUCCAAAAUGACGCAGGAUGAAUGCUAUGGCACUUAUUUGGUCUAUGACGAUGGUGAUGUCCAUAAGCCGCGACUCAAGGAGAGGGAAUGGAGUAACAAUCGUUUCCAUUUUGACGAUGUGGCCAAGGGCAUGUUGACCCUUUUUACAGUGUCCACUUUUGAGGGUUGGCCAGGAUUGCUGUACGUUUCGAUUGAUUCGAACAUGGAAAACGGCGGACCAAUACACAACUUCCGUCCGAUUGUAGCUGCCUACUAUAUAAUCUACAUUAUUAUUAUUGCCUUCUUUAUGGUGAACAUAUUCGUCGGUUUCGUUAUUGUCACUUUCCAAAAUGAGGGUGAACAGGAAUACAAAAAUUGUGAUCUGGAUAAGAAUCAGCGUAAUUGCAUAGAGUUUGCUUUGAAAGCGAAACCUGUAAGGCGCUAUAUACCCAAGCAUGGCAUACAAUAUAAGGUCUGGUGGUUCGUCACAUCGUCGUCCUUUGAGUACACCAUAUUCAUAUUGAUUAUGAUAAACACGGUAACGCUGGCUAUGAAGUUCUACAAUCAGCCUUUGUGGUACACAGAACUUCUGGAUGCCUUGAAUAUGAUCUUUACGGCGGUGUUUGCCCUGGAGUUUGUAUUCAAACUUGCCGCAUUUCGAUUUAAGAACUAUUUUGGUGAUGCCUGGAACGUUUUCGAUUUCAUCAUUGUUUUGGGCAGUUUUAUUGACAUUGUCUACUCUGAAAUUAAGAGCAAAGACACUUCUCAAUCAGCACAAUGUGAUAUUGUCGAGGGCUGUAAGGCCCAAAAGAAAUCUGCUGGCUCAAAUCUUAUAUCCAUCAACUUCUUUCGUCUAUUUCGCGUAAUGCGACUUGUGAAGCUUCUCAGCAAAGGCGAAGGCAUUCGAACAUUACUUUGGACUUUUAUAAAAUCUUUUCAGGCACUGCCCUAUGUAGCACUGCUGAUUGUUCUUCUAUUUUUCAUCUAUGCUGUGGUGGGAAUGCAGGUUUUUGGCAAAAUUGCUCUGGAUGGUGGUAACGCCAUAACUGCCAAUAACAACUUCCAGACUUUCCAGCAGGCUGUUCUCGUACUAUUCAGAUCGGCCACCGGAGAAGCCUGGCAGGAAAUCAUGAUGUCCUGCUCGGCCCAGCCGGAUGUAAGAUGCGACAAGAACUCAGACACACCGGAUGACCCGUGCGGAUCCUCAAUAGCCUAUCCCUACUUCAUUUCUUUUUACGUUCUCUGCUCGUUUUUGAUCAUCAAUCUUUUCGUAGCUGUCAUUAUGGACAACUUUGACUAUCUGACGCGCGAUUGGUCCAUUUUGGGUCCCCAUCAUCUGGACGAAUUUAUUCGCCUUUGGAGCGAAUACGAUCCGGAUGCCAAGGGGCGCAUCAAACACUUGGAUGUGGUGACAUUGCUGAGAAAGAUAUCCCCGCCACUGGGAUUUGGCAAACUCUGUCCACAUCGAAUGGCCUGCAAGAGACUGGUUUCCAUGAACAUGCCCCUCAACUCAGAUGGAACUGUUCUGUUCAAUGCAACGCUAUUCGCCGUGGUCCGCACCUCGUUGAGCAUCAAAACGGAGGGCAAUAUCGAUGAUUGCAAUUCCGAGCUGCGAGCCACUAUCAAGCAGAUCUGGAAACGGACCAAUCCUAAGCUUCUGGAUCAGGUUGUUCCACCGCCGGGCAACGAUGACGAAGUGACCGUGGGCAAGUUCUACGCCACAUAUCUGAUCCAGGACUACUUCCGGCGGUUCAAGAAGCGCAAGGAGCAGGAGGGAAAGGAGGGUCAUCCGGACAGCAACACGGUCACUCUGCAGGCCGGACUGCGAACCCUGCACGAGGUGUCCCCGGCUCUCAAGAGGGCCAUCUCCGGCAAUCUCGAUGAGCUGGACCAGGAGCCGGAGCCCAUGCAUCGUCGCCACCAUACGCUUUUUGGGAGCGUGUGGUCGUCGAUCCGCCGGCAUGGAAACGGAACCUUCCGUCGCAGUGCCAAGGCGACGGCCUCGCAGAGCAACGGUGCCCUGGCAAUCGGCGGAUCCGCCUCGGCGGCGAUGGGCGUAGGCGGCAGUUCGCUGGUGCUGGGCAGUGCGGAUCCCGCUGGCGGGGAUUACCUGUACGACAACUUGAACCGCAGUGUGGCCGAUGGGGUGAACAACAUCACGCGGAACAUAAUGCAGGCAAGAUUGGCGGCCGCGGGAAAGCUGCAGGACGAACUGCAGGGGACCGGAAGCGGAGGGGAGCUUAGGACCUUUGGCGAGAGCAUUUCGAUGCGACCGCUGGCCAAAAACGGGGGCGGAGGAGGAGCGGCCACUGUGGCCGGAACACUGCCGCCCGAGGCCAAUGCCAUUAACUAUGACAACCGCAAUCGUGGUAUUUUAUUGCAUCCAUAUAACAAUGUCUACGCACCCAAUGGUGCUAUUCCUGGCCACGAACGCAUGAUCCAAUCGACACCAGCUAGUCCCUACGAUCAGCGUCGUUUACCAACUUCAUCUGAUAUGAACGGCCUGGCCGAAUCAUUGAUUGGAGGGGUACUCGCCGCUGAGGGAUUGGGUAAAUACUGUGACUCCGAAUUUGUGGGAACGGCUGCGCGGGAGAUGCGCGAGGCCCUGGACAUGACGCCCGAGGAAAUGAACCUGGCCGCCCACCAGAUCCUGUCGAACGAGCACUCGCUGAGCCUGAUUGGCAGUAGCAAUGGUAGCAUCUUCGGCGGAUCAGCCAGUGGCCUUGGUGGGGGUGGUGCUGGUGGGUUGGGCGGGAGCAGCAACAUUCGCAACGCUUUUGGCGGAAGCGGAAGUGGUCCGUCCUCGAUGUCGCCGCAAAAUCAGCCGUAUUCGGGCACUCUAAAUUCACCACCGAUUCCGGAUAAUCGUCUGAGACGCGUUGCCACUGUUACGACCACAAACAAUAACAAUAAGUCCCAACUUAGCCAAAACAAUUCGAGUAGUCUAAAUAGCAGAGCUAAUGCCAAUAGCCAAAUGAACAUGUCACCAACACAAUCGCCCCAAAGAGGUCAGGGGAAUCAGAACUUCUCCUCAUAGCACCCACACUUUAAGCUACACAUACAGAACGUCUUCUUGAUGGAAUUUUAGGUGUAUAUCUAGCGGAAAUCAAAGUUGCAUGGUUGAUUUAUGUAUAAUUUUUAGCGGAGAAAAAACACUUUAGUCUUAGAGUCGGGAAUUGUUAUAUUUGAAUUGUUCGCAAGCGAGAACCAAACAAAUGAAACUUGUAUAACUUGUAUGAUAGAAAUCAGAUAAUUGUAAUUGUAUAAAAAUAAUAAUGUUUUUGCCUUUUUGAGAAAUCUAUCGUGGGCAAUCGUCCUCUAACGAGCCACAAACCAAAAAACCAAACUGAACAAAAUAAGAAAAAAUGUAUAUUUUUGGAAAACAAAGAAAAAACCAACCUAAACUGAUAAUGUUUAACUUGUAAUUAGAACUACGAAUCAAAACCGAAAAAGAUAAAAUAAUAGCACACCAAUAUAAUUGACUAGGUAAUAAUCACCAAAACUUGAAAAAAAUAUUUAUACAUUAACAUUGAACAUUACAUUAUUGAGCGACAGUGUAAUUACCUAUUUCGAUUUAGACGCAUUUUAUUUUUUAAGUAUUUAAUAAAUGAACAAUCUAUAAUAAAUAGAAUUGUUUACUAUAUAUGUAGCAGACAUAUAAAUGUAAUAGCAUAAUUUCAAAAUGAAUGAGAGACCCUUUAAAAAAUUAAUGUAAACUGAAUUUUAAUUGUUAUGAUUGAAUUUUUACAAUAAAAACCAGAAAAAUGUG